CCCAGUAACUUUACAUCCAGAGAGCUCUUGGGCAUCGCCAGAUACUCCCAUCCGGUUGCCUCCCCCGGUGUUGGGCUGCAGCGCGGCAUUGAUCAGGUGUGAAAUCCAGUCGGCGCAAGUCAACCACAGCUUCAAUCACCCCUACUCGAUUGCAACGCGCCGGCAUCUAAAGUCGGCCCGAGACCUCUUCUCACUUCAACUCCAUACCCAAGCGCUAGGGGCACCGAGCCAGAUAACAUAGCUGGCCGCUGAACAUGGCGCGAACUGCCCGCCUGGCCGCUCCCGCCCUCCUCCUUCUCGCGGCCUCGCUCGUACUCCUCUGGUUCAUCAUCCUCUCCGGGAUCACCCGCACGUCGCCGCUGCGACAGACCUACUUCCUGCGCGCCGACACGUCGGGCAUCCCGGGCGCAAGAUCCAUCUCGCAAUGGACCUACUUCCGGGUGUGCGGAGCAGGCAACCUGGACUGCGGCCCCUCGCGGCCCGCGCUGCCCCUCGGCGACGCCUGGGCGAGCGGUGCGGGCGGGGUGCCGGCGCCGUUGAUCGGCCGCUAUGGCAACGGGACGACGUCGUUUCACUACUGGUACAUGUGGCGCUUCGGGUGGGUGUUCUUCCUGCUGGCGCUGCUGUUUGAGGUGCUGGCCUUCGGGGCCGGGCUCCUGGCGCUGUGCAGUCGGCUUGGAUCCGUGCUCGCGGGGCUGAUUGCGCUGGCCGGGUUGGUGUUUUUGACUGUUGCUGUGUCGUUGAUGACGGCGACUUUCGUCGGGAUGCGGAAUGUCUUUGCCGACGCCGGACGUGCGGCCUCGCUGGGACGGUAUGCCUUCGGCUUCGCCUGGGGCUCCUGGGCCGCGCUCUUGAUCAGCGCCAUCCUCUUCUUCCUCGCAAGGCAUAAGCGGGAGCCCGCUAUUGCUGCUACGAGCACCGGCCGUACGCGCCGGUCCUGGUGGCCAUGGAGGAGGUCCGCCACGCGGAGGUCGAGCCGGGUUAAGGGCGAUUAUGCCUGAAUAGAUCCGGGUGUUAUGGAGCUCGCCGGCCUGGGCGGGAAUAAUAAAGAGGAGAAGUCGAAUGAAUGGUUAAAUGGACGACAACACAGCUUGAUGAAUAGAAGAGAAGCGAACGACAUAUAUGAGAUGAUGAUGAUGGAUGGACCGGCAAGGAUCAAGAUUGCAACCCAUCGGCGGACGUGUUUCUUUUUGUCUAUGAUACCAACCAAGCCUGAUACCUACAACACACCGGGACGUCUUCCCUGUUUCAUUUAUGUAUUUUGUAAUAGCCAGAUAGCGGAGAGCACCAUCCAGUUAUACAAUCAUUAAUUUCUCUUCGUAAACAUCA